UGAGUGGGGGGCUCUGAAGGAGUUAACUGCCCCACUUCAAGCCUUCUUUCCCUCCCCUGUAUCCCCUCCAGCUGUGACGGCCUCCUUCAAGUGCACCACGCCUUGGCCUGGGCUGCGGUUCUGCCUCCAGAAGUGUCCUGGCCACUCCGUGUGUCUGUGAAACCCAGCAGUUGCAGUGCCCAGAACCUUUAGUUCCAUCAUUCUGUUGACCAUUCCCUCGGUCAACAGUAACCAUCUGAGGGAAGCCUGGAGCCACAGGUCGAAGACCUGAUUAACCGGAUUAAUGAGCUUCAGCAAGGUAAGCUCCGGGACGUAAGAUGGCCAGCUGCCCAAGAGGGACCUGGGCUUUGGAAGUCUCCACUUCUUCAUCUAUGAGAUCCAGGCCCCUCCGGGUUGUCUGAAGAUGAGUGUGCAGUGUCAUGGUCUGUGAGAGAAUAGCAAGGCUAGUGGCUGCACUCACACCAUGUCUUCUUCCCUCUUUUGACCCAGCAAAGAAGAAAUCCAGCGAGGAACUGGGAGAAGCCCAAGCUCUCUGGGAGGCCCUGCGUAGGGACCUGGACUCCUUUGCAGUCAGGGCCCAGGAUGAGGCCCCCUGGAGACUCACAGUGUCAUUGUGUUUUCCAGUGAAUGGAGAGAAAGUGCACCUGGAGGAGGUUUUGAGCAAAAAGCAAGAGGCACUGAGGACCCUCCAGCUGCACUGCCAAAGGAAGGAAAGUGAGGCUCAGAGGAAGUACAUGUUGGCGGAGCACAUGGAACAAAUUUCUAUCCAUAACUCUCAGAUCACAGAGAGUCAAGGACAGAGGAAGCCGGGGUUGCACGUGGAAGAACGUCUGGAGGAUUUGACAGGCCAGCACAAGGACCCCUGGGAAUUCCACAUGCUGAAGCAGCGACUGGCCUGGGAGAUCCGUGCCCUGCAGAGCAGCAAGGAGCAGCUGCUCACCGAAGAGAGGCAGGCGCGGGCAAAGCUGGAGACGGUGGAGAGGCGGCUGCGCUCGCCGCCCGAGGUCCAGAGCGCCCCGGCAGAGAAAGACGGGCUGAAGGCGGAGCUGGAGAAACUCGGGGGGCAGGUCCCCGCCCAGACUCAGACCACCCCAGAGGACCAGGCCGGAGAGGUAGAGAGCCCGGGAUGGAGGCAAGACGGGCCGAGACACAGCGGGCGGGAUCUGGGAUCCGCAGCCCCUCUGAGAGGGGGCUGUGCGGGUGCAGGGCGUCCUCGGGGCGGUGGGGACAGGGAAAGGGCGGCGCGGGCCAGCGUGGGCGGGCGCCAGGGCCCCAAAGCCUGACUCCCAGCCCCCGCAGGACGGCCCCCAGCUCCCAAGCGAGGGCGACCUGGCGCCGCCGGCGGAGCUGGCCCUGACGCGCCCCUAGGCCAGUAGGACCCACCCGGCCCCACCUUCCUUCAAGUGCCGCCCGGAAAUAAAGGCGACGUUUGCGGAGCAUCCUCCAACUCCCCGGCUGAGUCUGUGCCACGGGAGUCAUUGGGGGUGGGGGUCGUGCCCUUCCUCUCUCCGGGAGAAGGGGGAGUGGUUCAGGAAGUCUGGGCGGGGCCUCGCCGGACUCUGCCCACCAGUCCCUUGGCCGGCUCAGGACGCGGGAGCUCUGUAUACGCCCCCGACAGCUCAAUGACUGCGUGGGUGUCAAGACCACUCCAUCUCCACGGCCUCAUCUCGGGUUCCUGAACCGUCUGUUUUACCAGUAAGGGCUAGAAGGGACGUGUUAAAAACCCGCUGCAGGUCCUGUCAGUCUCCUGUGGUUCAGAGUAAAAUCCCAGCCUCCCAGAGUCCCUGCAUUACCCACAGGCUCCCUCAGACCUGCCCGCCUACCUGGCCUCACCUCUCACACCCUCACACGUUUGCUUCAAGCCACACAGCUGAUUUUCCACCCUUCUCCAAGCACCUUGUCAUCUCAGGGCUUUUGCCCUGCUGUGUCGUCAUCUGGGGUGCCCUUACCCCAGUCUCCUCGGAGUGCAGGACUGUUAAGGAUGUCAGCAGCUCAGGAGGCUGGCCUGGGGGACCCAGUUCCAAAGGGCACCUUGCCACCUGCUAAGCACGUGUGGGUUAAACAAGCAUUUGCUGAAUGUCUGCUUGUGUACCAGGCACUAUGGUAGGCCCCGGAUUUUAAGUAGCAGUGUCAGGAAGGAUGUCACUGAGGUGGUGGUGCCUGAGCAGGGAGGUGAGGGGGGCAGGCGAGGGAGUGAGCACCGUAGGUGUCUGGGCGAAGGGGCGCUGGGCAGAGGGGAUGGCGCCCACAAGGGCUGUGGAGGGGACUGAGUUUGUCCAGUGCGAGGAGCGUCUGGAGGAGGCCAGUGUUGUGGAGCCGAGCGAGGUGACCAGGCACGGGGUCGAGUGCUGGCCCUGGAAGGGGGACGCCUUCGACACUCGGACAUGCAUUGUCCGAGGAGACACACAUGCUGACAGAGCAAGACACUUUAUUGGGGAGGCGUGCCCGGGUGCAGAGCAGCAGGGUAAGGGAACCGAGGAGGACCGCUCUGCCACGUGGCUCGCAGUCUCAGGUUUUAUGGU